AGGGGAAAGCAUGCUGUCAUUUGUAGCCAACACGCUGUGUUGUGAAGUAGUGGAAAACCGUCAUAGAAAAAUGCCGAGAGUAGUGUCGGAUCAACGAGCAAAGUUUGACAACGAUGAGCUCUUCCGGAAACUAAGCCGAGAAAGCGAGAUUAAGUACACUGGAUUUAGAGACAGGCCCCAGGAAGAGAGACAAAUACGAUUUCAGACCGAGUGUCGAGAAGGACACGCAGAUAUAGCAUUUGUUGCUACUGGAACAAACUUACAACUAAGUUUUAUUGCAAAUGCAUGGUCGGACAAACCAGAAGAUAGAAUUCCCACCAGGGACUUUGUAGACUUCGACAGAGAACCUGGGAAGGUUCAUUUAAAGUCCCAGUUUAUCAUGAAUGGCGUAUGUGUUGUCUGGCGAGGAUGGGUGGAUUUAAAUCGGUUAGACGGCGUGGGAUCGCUAGACUACGACUCAGAAAGAGCUCAGGUUGAAGAUGCACUUUUACGGGAACAGAUAGAACGGUAUAACCGUAGAAUACGAGAGUUUGAAGAACGACAACGACAGUAUAGAGAAGAACAGGAGCGACGGGCCGAGGCAGAAGCAGAGGCGAGACGCCGAGGAACUGAACAGAGCCCAAGUGAAACAAGCGGAAGUAGUGAAUGAUGGCGGUCCUUGACUAAGAGGAAUUAUCAUAAAUUGUAAAUAAUGUAAAAUAUCAGACUCCUCACAGGAGCUUAAAUUAUUUUGUUAAAACGACAUAGUAGAUUUAUGUUGCCGGAAAAGAUGCGAGUCCUAUAUUACAUAGAGAGAGUGUUAUAUUAAGAGAGAAAGUAGCUAUUUAUUUAUCGUGAAGGUAGUCAAGAUUGUCAAUCCAAAUCGUGAUCAGUGGUUAAGUAUCAGAAUUAUGAAGAAAAAAAAAUAUUCC